AUGCGAAAUAAAGCUCGAGCAGUUUCCGGCUGGCUUGGCCCAUACGCAAACAAGACGUUCACUUUUCCAGAGUAUAAUGCCUUUUUCAACGGGGAAAACAGCAUCGGAGACUUAAGCAAUUUCGAGCAGCUGCGGCAGAAGUUGAAGUGUGCCCCAUUCUCUGCGUACUUGCAUCGCUUCUCUUACAUCUACGUGGAUGGUGGAUUGAUCCCCAAAUCAGUCUUCCAGAUCCAAGAAGUAUCCUCUGGCCUCUGCUUGGAAAGGGAGGCGAAGGAAGGCCGAAGUCAUGGAAUCGUUCUGAGCCCGUGUGUGGGCGUGGAUGGGAACCAGGGUGUGCUGGAUACCCAGCUCUGGCAUCCGGGCAAUCGAGACCGGAAGAAAGAAGGAGGCCCUUGCUGUGGCGGCCUGCUGAACUGGAAUUUCCUGCAAUGUUUGGCUUCGCAUGGUCUUCACAGCGAGCUUUACACCGAAGAGUGUGUCAUCUCUGGUCACAGUGUGCACCAGGAGUUCCAUGUGCCCGAGGACGCCGAAGGGCCAUUGACUUGGCGCGAAGAGAUGUGUGCGCUGCCAGAGGUGAAGAGACAGGAACAGACGCCGGGAGAGCUGGCACUUCAAUCGUGUGCUGUGCGGGUGCAACAACAAGCGACCGGCUUCGCUUUGAAGGUUGAGCGCGAAGAUGGACAUCUGUGCGUUACAGCGAAGGUGGCUACAAGCAGCACUGACUGGCACAUGGAGUUGGCUCCGUGCCGUGACGACGACAACUUGCAGAUCUUCGUGGCAGAGAAUCUUCCAGAUGAGUCAGUGAGAGUGAAACUGCUGAACACGGAUUUGUGCUUGGAUUCGUCAGCCGGCAAUCAGCUGGUGCCAUAUCCGUGUUAUGCAGACAGCCAGGAGAACCCAAACCAAGCCUGGAAAAUUCAAAGGUCGCGCUUGGUUUGGGAAGACGCCAUCCAAAGUGUUUGUGUCGAUGCGCCAGUCCCUCCUGGUAACUUGAGACUUCGCAAGCUGCCGCCACAGCCGAUUUGGACACUCGCUCCAUGUGUUGACAAAGUCGGCCAACAUUUACAGAAGGAGGACAUGAAACCUGACGGGACGUUCUUGCUGAAGGAUGCGGACGCUGGAAGGUGCCUCGCUGCUCGCAAAGUGCUGUCUUUGGAGACUCCGCUGGUACUGGCACCUUGCAAUGAUCGGCAGCGCUUUCGUGAGCUGAAAGAGCGGAAUCAAGUCCAGCAUGUCUCCACAGGCUACUGUGUUGAUGCUGGCAAUGAUGCACCUAUUCUGUACCCAUGCCAUGAGCCCAGGGCACUUCGGAAACAGCGUUUCGAAGUGAAAGACACACCAGGUUGGCUUCAGCUAAUGAGAGGCUGGGAGGAUAAUGGCCGUAAGCGCUUCUUUGAACGCUGCUUCGACCGCCAGCCACAGCCACCGACGAGAGUCGUGCUGCGCAAAUGCGAGGAGGUUGAAGCCAAGGGCGUGAAAUGGCGACGCAUCAACUUCCAAGACACGCCUGAGUGGCAUCUUUGGCGGAACGCUCCAGUCCCAGAGCAGCCACUGGGUGGUGAUCUGCCACCGAAACCUUGA